UUUACAGAAAGGUACGACAAGGGAGGAAGCGAGGAUGGAGGACUUCAUAUCGGAACGCGUCCCGUAGACGGAAGUGCUGCACUUUCCUCCUCCCUACGGAGCGGCUCCUCCUCUCCGCGCUGCUCGCUCCGUUACACCACCGGGCAGAGAUGUUGUCUGCCUUUUGGUCUCACCUGCUACCGAUUGUCAAACUUUAUCUGCUCGGUUUGAAGGUUCUGCUGGUUCAGCUGUUCAGCAGACCUCUCGGGUUGCCAGUGAUGCCCAGACAAGAUGGCAAGGUUGCCAUAGUGACAGGAGGAGGCAGGGGAAUCGGCUAUGAGGUAGCCCGCCACAUGGCCAGACUGGGGGCACAUGUUAUCAUAGGUGGGAGGGAUGAACAGGAGGGUCUGGCAGCCGUCAGAAGGAUCUGUGAAGAGUACAAAGAGGCCAAAGUGGAGUUCAUGAAACUGGACCUAGCCUCUUUGCAGUCUGUCCGUCAAUUUGUCCGGAGCUUCAAGGAGCGGGACCUGCCGUUAAACAUUCUGGUCAAUAAUGCUGGUGUCAUGCUGGUUCCCGAUGGCCGUACUGAGGAUGGAUUUGAGCAGCACUUUGGUGUGAACUAUCUAGGCCACUUCCUGUUGACCUGGCUGCUACUGGACACACUGAAGGAUUCUGGGAAAUGUGGCUACUUCUCCCGUGUGGUCAACGUCUCCUCCUCUGCCCACCGCAUCGGCGAGAUCAGACUAAAUGACCUAAAUAGCAGCCAGUGUUAUUCAGCCCAUGCUGCUUAUUGUCACAGUAAGCUGGCCCAGCUGUUAUUUAGUUCCCACCUCCACCAGGAGCUGCAGCGUGGAGGUUUCCCACUGAGUUCAUGUGCUGUGGAUCCUGGCAUGGUGGAUACUGCGCUCUAUCGCCACCUCUGGACACCUCUCUGCCUGGCACAGAGCGCCAUUGCUCGCCUGCUUUUCAGGACUCCUGCAGAGGGUGCUGCCACUGUGCUGUACGCCGCUCUUUCACCAGCGCUGGAGGGGGAGUGUGGAGGAGGCUACUGGGCCAAUGGGCGCAGGGAGAUGACAACACCACCGACCUUUGAACCCCAGCUGCAGCUGAGCCUAUGGGAAACCAGCCUCGAGUUGCUGGGCCUGCACUAGCAUGGGACUGAAGGACGGCUAACUGCACUAAAACUCGAAGAAAAACACUUGGGCCAACCAGCCAUCUUCUCCUUCUCCCUUUUUUCUCAGUAUUUUUUCUCCGUCCAUACCUCGCAUGGAGGUGUUUCGUAGCGAUUUACGGUGACAAUCUCACAAUCCGCUGCUGGACUGUGAUUGGUUAGUUGGGGAGUGACUCAUAUUUUGUUCCAGACCCGCCAAAGAAGGGCUACAGGGGAUGGAAUUUUUUUUCACUUUGAGCGAGCACACAUAUAGACACACAAACAAACUCUAGGGUUAUAUCGAUAUAUGAUUUUGCUGGCAUAGAUACUGCUGACAUUGGCCUUUAGUUACAAACAUAUCGGUUGUCAUCUGGCUCUGAUAUCAUGAAGUUUGUUCCCUAAUUAUAGCUAACCUGAGAUUUCGUUCCACAGUCUAGUGUUAAAAAAAACCUGCAAUGACACCUGCCUCACUCUGCCUUAAUGUCAUUAGUCUGGCUUUCAAGUCCCUCAGUGAACUAAAUGCUGUUUCAGAGGCUUUUCCAUCCAAAAAAUAAAAUUUUAAGCAAACACUGAAAUGCUUUUUGGCCAUAGAAAUAUUUCAAAUCAAAAGCUGAAUUUGGGCGCAGUAUACUGGCUUCAAAAUCAUAUGUCGGUCGAGCCUUAGCUUACACACAUACACAAACACACACAAAAAAAACACACACACACACAUUUAUGCACCAUAACAAUGAUCUGAUUUUUUAAAUCUGAACCCACCUUGCGUUGGCAGGGGAAUGUGAUGUCAUCAGUGUGCUUUGACACAUCACAGUGAUUUUCUCAGAUCGUCUUGCCAUACCGCUCGCUUGACUGGGGGGCACUUUGUUUUUCUUGGUACAUUCACAUGCUUUUACUGGUUACUAUACUGACUCCUCAUGUUAACUGCCGGUAACUGUAUGAUAAGCUGUGUUUUUCUGCUGUUCUCAUGAUGAUGCUGGGAAAACAUGAUCAGCCCCUCUUUCCUCUCUCUCUCCACCGCUCAGCAGUCCCACAAAAGAGUGGGUUCCUUCGGACCGAUUGGGGGAUUUGGGAAGACACUGAAAAAAGGAGAUCCCAUGUAAAAGUAGGCCUAAAUUUGGAAUAAUUACCCCACAUAGACCCAAAAGGGAUGAUGUAUCUGGUUUUGUUCUGGGGAAUCUUCUUGCUGUUGUCAUUUUCCGAAGCCAGGAUUUCUAGACGUUUUUGUUUGCUUUUGUCUGCCCAGAAACAAAGAGGGAAGGAUGGGGAACCUUCACUCUGUCCUCGUUUUCCUUUGUGAUCUGUGUUAAUCGGUUUUACUGUGUCUGUGAUACACGUGUGUGUUUUAUAAGUUAAGAAUUAACUCAUGCUAUAGACCCAAUUCGUUUUGAUGGAUAGCACAACAAUGGCUGGUCCUGGAGGAACAGCAACGGGCAGAAGAGAGAGAGGGAAUGCACUUUUUUUUUCAGUAUUCAAGCUGUGAUUGGUUCCUCAUUGCUGCUGCUGCUGCUUCCUCAUUUGGCGCAGCUCCCAGUGCAUUGUGGGAUUGAGAUUUCCCAGUGGUGAGAAUCAAACUCCAUCUGCUGAGCUGACACACACUCACUCAGACACAGUGGAAGCAGCACAUCCAGGCACAGGCUUAUCUAAACAAGCACACAGCAAACAAACACGUCUGUUACUCAUGCAGGAAUAUACUAACACACACACACACACACACGCACACACACAGACACAGACACAUAAACACACACACACACACACACACUGCGCCAUAAUGCCAUCUCCACUGUGAUAAACCAUUUUAGCUGUGAAGAUGACAAGUUUUAUCUCAAAUUAAAAAGUUUUGGCUAAAAAUCCUUCCCCACAUGCCAUUCCUAUGGCUGUAUGUGUAUAUUGUUGCUUUGAAUACUGACUCUGAGCAUCCAGCAUUCAUUAUUAUCUGCCGUAUGUGAAGCAAUAGUAUCACUGUGGUAGCUAAUUCAGCCAGUAGCACAUAGCCAGACAUUCAGAAUAGGGAAAGAAAUUGUAUAAAUGAAUAAGAUACCAGCUUCAAGUUACCCAUAUAUCAGGAAUUCAGAACGUCUACACGUGUAACAAACAUUUAAUGAAGACAUUGUUGGUGUGCGUUGUUUUGAAUGGUUAAUGUCAAGUUAAAGUAGUUUUUUUUUUCCAAAAAUCCACAGAUGUGUCCCAAUUCAGGGGCUGGAUCCUCUGAACGAUGCGGACCACAAUGAGUGAGGCUCAACCUGCUCCUCUCCUCUAAAUGGGACAGUGGUUUAGACUCAGAGAUAAACACUAAUGGGGUAUUCCUUGUCAAAUCGUAAAGUCGAUAAUGUCCAUGUCUAUUACAGGAUGUUGCCAUCAAACAGCCAACAAAGUUUGCAGUAUGAUGUUUAUCGUCAACCCACAAUGAACUCCAGGCAAAUAGUGGACCAGGUUAAUGGUAAAUGCAUCCAUAUUACUUCCAUUUAUUUGUAAUGCCCUGUGAAUAACAUGUCCAUGCUGCAAAUAGUGGAUUUCAUGCCUGGCUUCCAUUAUUUACAACCUCUUGUUGGUCUCGUCCAUGUGAUAUGAUUACCAGUGAUAGUCCACCUUAACACAUCUGGUAAAUAUGAUACAAUCGCAUCCAUUUAUGAGUUGACAAAGACUGCCUGAAUGCUCCAAUGAACAGUCGAUCAGCACUUAAUAGAUUGUUGAAUCUUGAGGGCCUGAUUUGUCCUACAGAUUUUAGGUCCAAAUGUUUGCCUAGUGGAGGAGUCUUUGAAAUGGGACUGGCCUUGUUGGCUCAUUGAUGAAAUGCAAACUCUGGAGGAUUAAUGUUUAGACAAAUGCAGCAUUCAUGUCAUAUGGGAUGGCUGGUUGACAAGAAAGAAGAUUUCCAUGUUUACAACUUGUGAGCAUUCACAUCACCUGACAACUCAAGACAGUUGGUCCUAUUAAAUGACAACACGUAAUACUGUAUCCAUUGGGGUUUAAUUAACUUCAAAUGAAAGACUUUUGCUGACGUCUAUGUUUCUUUAGUUUUCAGGCACAAAGUCGAACAUCUUAGUUUCCGAGUCAUAAUUACUGGAGUACCUGGAUGUUGAUGUGAACGACUUCUACAAGUUGGAACCAAGGUUAUUACAGUUACUACAACUCAACUAAAAACUUAAACCAGGUGGGAAAAAAACAUUUUAGUUAACUAAAGUAAAAUAAAAAAAUACAAGAAAUGUCUUUAGUUUGUCAACACAACAAGCCAGAGGUUUGUUUGGUGCAAUACUGAGACUUAGAUGUCUACAUGACAUCUAAGUCUCAGAGUGAAUUACCUUGACAAAGUGCUGUGUUUGUAAUGUAAUACCUAUUCUGAAUGUCCUAAACCCCUGACAGAUACCUCCAUUAUUAUAAUUUUUUAAACCUUUUUAAUACAAAACAUUUUUAAACAAUAAAAAGUAAACCAAAAUGAAAACAAAAAAUACAAAAACUAUAACAACUCUGGUUGUAACAUGAUAAUUACGAAUAACUUAGAUAUGACAUGAAUGCGGCAUAACCUCCAGAAAAACACAUCACAGCUUCACUGGAUUGGCUCCUAUUACAGAGUUACUUGAAUCUGUCCAAUCUGGCCAGUUUUCACUAUUUGAACUAGAAAAACUCCACCAGCAGGUUUACCUGGUUUGGAUAAGCCAGUCAGGGUUCGGUAUGUUGGGGACUUUGAUUCAUCUUUUAUUUAAUGAAAUAUCACAAUCCAGAACAUUAGUGUAUUAUUAGGAAGUUAAAUUCAUGUUUAAAAUUCUAAUUUAAAGCAUACACCUUAAAAGUUUGGGUGUUUAUUUUCUGGUGUAGCAGUUGUGUGACUAAAUGUCAGCAAUAUUCCUCAGUUUUUGAGAUCUCCUCUUCUUCGUGUUGUCAAACUGCGUGGAAACAAAGUGUUUAUCGCCUCAGUGCUUCCUUGUUUGACCGUGUGGUUCCCCGAGGCUACUGUAAGGUACCGACCAAAUAACAGAAUAACAAACAACCCAACCUAGUCCUGAUUAAACAAUUGCGCUUGCUUUCCUUCACACGAAUGAAAACACCAGCUUACUACUCAGCAGCGCUAAUUUACAAAUUACAAGACUACAGUACAGUGUGUGCUACAUCCUGUCAGAGAGCUAUUGUGUUUUUCACAGUCCGGCUGCUGCAGUAGAUGUAUUAAAACCUGAGAAAGAGAACGUCACUGACUGUCUUUCCUAUCUGAGCACAAGGUUUUCCAAAGACAAGGCGAGGAGGAGUGUCAGGGUCUGUCUUGGCAUUUCUGUUGUGUCGGUGUGCAGAAGAGGGCCGCUAAAUUAUCGAUGAAUUAGUUGUUAUAUAUUUAGCGUACUCUUGAAGCGUGCUACACAGACAGGACAACACAGUGAACUUUCUGAACAUGAACUGCAAAUAUAUAAAAAGAGCAAAAAACGGCUCAAGUAAACCGUGUGUGAUAUUGUCUGUAUGUGAUUUACUCGUAUCUGAUUAUUUCAAAGCGUUGUAACCGCUGGACAAUGACCAGUGGAGCUGUAUGUAGACUGACAAUGUUCUAAUAGCCAUUCUUCUGUCUGACCUGGGAUUACAUUUAUAUUAAAUGUUUCAGUCCCAAGUUCUGCAAGUCCUAAAUGUGUAUAUGUAUAGAAAGAGAGAUAAUAUAAAGAUGUAUACAGGGAGUGACCGGAUGAACUGAGUGCUUACUCUGCUAUUAGUCCAGUUAAGAGAAAACGCAUUUAUUCCUCCUUUCACCUUUAUUGCCUAUCCCUCUAUACCAUUUUCUCCUUUGGUGUGAGUGCGACGUUUCACCCAAGUCCUUGCAGGGCUGCAAAUCGAGGAUGUUCCCACCUCAGAUCCAGUAUAAACAUUCAGUUCAUCUGGGGCCCUUGGGGGAUUUAUGAAAUGUGCAAAAUGUUUUAUUUUUAUCAUUUAUUUUGUUGUUGUUGAGAUACACAUCUUAUUGCUUUUGCCGUGCCUAUGAAGAAAAUCUCCCUCAUAUAUGUGUAACUGUGAAUUUUUCAUGUAGAAAUGAGCUUGUAGAAACUGUGAUUACCGUCUUGUCCUGUGCAUUGCCGUAAGUUAUUUCUCUCUUGGAAAUGAUGGGAGAGUGUGUGUGUGUGUGUGCGCGUGCGUAUGUGAGUGUGUGUGUGUCUGUCUAGAUAAGGGAGUUCAUGUCCAUGUUUUUUGUCAAUGGUUGUGACAUUCCAGCAGCAGCCACCACCUUUUCUAAUAUCCAAAGCUUCUCAA